AUAUUUAUAUCUCUAAAAAUAAGAAAUAUAAAUGUUACUGCCAGUUUUAAAAUAUUUUUUUUAUAAAAUUAAAGUGUCUUAACAAUGACACAAGUAAACGAUUUGGAAGCUUCUUCAGUAUACAGAGGGUGUUUAUUUUGGAGUUGGUUUUCUUGGAGUUCAAUGUCGUGGAAAUUUUUACAAGAAGCUGAGCGAAAAUUAUUAUCGUAUGUUCAAUCUCCUUACCGAACACGGUAUGUUAACCUAGGACCUGUUGUUGAACAAGAAGAUAAAAUAUGGACAUUAGAAGUAAACAAUGAAAAACAUGAAACGCCCAUUGUUUUAUUACAUGGUUUUGGUGCUGGUAUUGGACUUUGGUGUAUGAAUGUUGAUAAAAUAUCUAAUAAUCGUAGACCUGUGUAUGCUAUGGAUCUAUUGGGAUUUGGUCGUAGCUCAAGACCAAAAUUUAGUACAGACCCUGAACAAAUUGAACAACAAUAUGUAAACGCUAUAGAAAAAUGGAGAUCAGAGAUUAAACUUGACAAAUUCAUUUUAUUAGGACAUAGUUUUGGAGGAUAUUUAGCUACUGCUUAUUCUAUACAUCACCCUGAAAGGGUUCACCAUUUAAUACUUGCUGAUCCAUGGGGAUUUCCAGAGGAAAACAAAAACAUUAAAAGCAAAAUUCCUUGGUGGGCUAAAGGAAUAUUUUAUGCACUUAAAUCAUUAAAUCCACUAUGGCCAGUAAGAUUUGUAGGGCCUUAUGGUCAAUGGUUAGUAACAAAUUUGCGAUCUGAUAUAUUAAAAAAAUAUGAACCAGUACUUGGAGAACAAACCACUGUAGUCGGGGAAUAUAUUUUUCAAUGUAAUUCUCAACGUGCAACAGGCGAGAGUGCAUUUACUACCUUAGUAACUGGCUUUGGAUGGGCAAAAAACCCAAUGAUUAACCGCAUUCAUCAUUUAGAUAAAAGAAUACCUAUUACAUUUAUUUAUGGACAAAAUACUUGGAUGGAUAAAAGUAUUGGUGAAAUGGUUAAAAAAGAUGUACAAAAUUGUGUACAGAUUAAGAUAAUUCCUAAUGCUGGCCAUCAUGUUUUUGCUGACCAACAUGAAGAAUUCAAUAAUCUAGUUGAUAGAAUUUGUCAAGAAAAGGUGAUUGAAACUGAAGAAUAAUGCAAUUAAACUUUGUAAAAUACAGUUCAAAUGAUACAAUUUAAUAUUUAUACACAUACAUUACAUUAUUAA